CUUGUUUUGAAAACUGCUUUUAGUUUUCUCCUAAUUUUUAUUUCUAUAUAUAACAUUUUAAAUUGUUUUGUAAAGUGCAUAUUUUAUUCAUCUGCUAAAUUCCUAGUCAAAUAUGGACCAAGAAAUUGAUCCCGAAUUGUCAACGAAAUCUUCUCAAAUGCAGCAAACAAAUGAAGUAUCUUUAAUAGAAGAUUUAUCAGACAACCAUUUAACAAACGAGUCUGAACAAAGCGAAGAAGUUCAAGUACCAGAUAAUGUGGAGAAAAAGAGGCAGGACUUUUUACAAAUGAUUGAACAGAAAAUACAAUUGCUGAUGAUAGUACUUCAGAAUGACGAGGGCUCAACGUCCAUUGACUCGGAUGAGGACUUUGUGGCGAUGUUGCUAACAGAUCACACAAAUGAGCUAGAGAGAGAUGAACUUGCAAUGGAUUUAAUACACUUUGAGGAACAACUGCAAUGUGGCAAUGAUGAGGAGACGACGCCAAGAGGAUCGCAACCGGCACAAACUCAGCUUAUUGAGGGGGUGUUGGAAGUGGUCGCAGAAGAUAGCCAGGUUCAACUAGAUAGGGAUGAGGAUGCUACGCAUAGAGGAUCAAAAUUGGAUCAUGACGAACAAACUGAACUUGACGUUAAGCCUGAAUCUGAAACUGAAGUGAAGUCAGAUUUUGUCGCCCAGUUGCUGCUUGACAUAUCACUGCCCAAAACAGACUUUUCCACAUCGGAUGCGGAGCUUAAGCAAAAUGAGCCACAGAAAUCUGAGGAGCCUGCGUCCUGUGAAAGCUCCAUAACAGAGAUGUCAAGUACCUUUGGAACCAUACUCAGCGACUCCUUCAGCCUGCAGAAUUUGCUCGAUACGAGCGGCGUGAUCAACAUAAAAUGGCCAGAAGGUUAUGAAUCUUACUUAACGAAGAAGAUUUUAUCAGUUCUUCAAAACGAAGAAAGCUACAACAUCAAAGUGUAUAUCGGCACCUAUAAAUUCCAUUGUCAACUUGACAUAUUGCAGUUAUACUCGUCGAGUGUUUUGCCCAACCCAAAACAGACGCCAUACAAAAUGCGUUUGCCCGAGGAUCAGGUGAAGCCAGAUGCCUUUAAGGCUAUCUACAGUUGGAUGACACACGACGCGCCCGUCCAGCUGGAGAAGUUCAACAAACGCAGCUUAAUCGAGUUCUACAAGGCUGCGAAGUAUCUAAGCGUUGCCGAGCUCAAUGAUGCCGUCGGCAAUGUGCUGGACAAGAUCAGGCAUGAGGGCGAAGCGUUCGACAUGUUGCUCGCCUUUGCCAGGUUUGGAUUGACGGACUUUGAGCAGCUCUUUCUAUCCAGAAUUAGUCGUUUCUUUCUGACCAUUGUCUCUUCGCUGGAGUUCAUGGAGUUGUCGUUGAGUUCUAUACGCCAGCUACUCAGCAGCAGUUUUUUGGGCGUCAACAGCGAGAUUGAAGUCUUCUAUGCUGCUGUGCGCUGGCUUAGCCACAAUUGGCCACAGCGUCGGUUUCAAACGCAGGAUGUCGUUAGCUGUGUCCGCUUUAACCUGCUGCCUCCCAUAUUUCUGCGCUUCCUGCAGGAGCCACAGAACACGCAGGUCAUGGACUGCAUUGCCAGUUCUAGCUUGGUAAAGGAGAUGAUUAACCAGGCCUUUGUGUACACUUCUGCGGAGCUCUACUCGCAGGAUCCCAAGGAUCAUCUGAUGUUGCAGUUGCCUGAUUAUGUUGCAACGGUGCCUCGCAAGUGGCUGUUUGAUCCAAAGUGUUCGUAUCACACUAAAAUCGCCUGCAACAUGCGGCAGACCUUCAGCUACGAACAGUUUCUCGAGUAUCUGGGUAUGUUGCAGCACAACAAGCCCGAGGAGUGGCAAGAGCUCAAGUAUCUGAACGAAACAACGAUUAGCUGCUGACCACGUGAGGGGGUGUCAUUGUGACACACACACACGCACACACACGCAGAGUGGUGUUUGGCAACAUUUGGCAAGUUAUUCAAUUUGGGGAGUCAUCGUUUUUUAAUAAGACAGCUAAAUGCGA